UCUUGAAAAGGAAUCUGGAAAGGUGGUCAUCAAAACCAAGAAAGGUGGCAUGAAAACCAUGCCUUUUGUGAUAGCGAACGAGACAUUUGAGAGAGUUGCAACUGUUGGGCUGGCGGCAAAUAUGAUUUUGUACCUGUUGAAUGAGUAUCAUUUUGAUAAUGUUAUUGGGGCUAAUAUCGUGUCCUGGUGGGUUGCCAUUACCUAUUUCACACCAAUUUUUGGAGCUUUUCUUUCUGAUUCUUACUUGGGCCGGUAUCUUGUCAUCUCCCUUGGAACAUUCACCACCCUAAUUGGAACAAUUCUGCUGUGGUUAACAGCCCUGGUCAAGGCAGCAAGGCCGCCACCCUGCACCACAGGAUCAGAGAACUGUGAGAAACCAAACUCCGGCCACCUCGCCAUUCUCUUCAUGUCGUUGGCGCUGAUGGCGGUGGGCGCCGGCGGCAUCCGCCCGUGUUCUCUGGCUUUCGGAGCCGACCAGUUCGACAACCCCGACAACCCCAACAACAAGAUAAUCUUGCAGACUUUCUUCAAUUGGUACUAUGCUUCUGUCGGGGUAUCCAUCAUUGUUGCGGUCACUAUCAUCGUGUAUAUACAGACGGAGAAGGGGUGGGUGGUGGGAUUUGGAGUGCCGGCGGCAUUGGUGCUCAUGGCAGCCGUCAUGUUUCUGGUGGGUUCGAGGUUGUUUGUUAAGGUUAAGCCAAACAAGAGCUUGCUGACGGGGUUUUAUCAGGUGGUGGUGGCAGCCUGGAAGAACAGACACCUAGACCUGCCGGAAAAGGGCUGUGAUGAUUGUUGGUAUUAUGACGAUAAGGGCUCAAAACUCACUUCACCAUCUGAGAGAGUGAGGUUCUUAAACAAGGCCUGUCUGGUUGCAAAUCCAGAGACUGACCUGAACCCUGAUGGAUCAGCUUCAGAUCCAAGGAGACUAUGCACAGUAAAGCAAGUGGAAGGGCUGAAAUCAGUGUUCAAAGUCCUGCCAUUAUGGUCCACAGGCAUAAUGAUAUCAGUAACCAUAAGCCAGCACUCAUUCCCAGUGCUACAAGCCAGAACACUAGACAGGCACUUCAUAGGCACCUUCCAAAUCCCUCCAGCCUCAUUCAUGGUCUUCGGCAUCCUCACCCUCACAAUCUGGGUAGCCAUCUACGACCGCCUCCUCGUCCCCUGGAUCGCCAAACACACCAAAAACCCUAGAGGCCUCGGCCUCAGACAACGAAUGGGGAUCGGCCUGAUCUUGUCCUGUCUAGCCAUGGCGGCCUCGGCUCUAGUGGAGCGGGAGCGCCGUGCCAGGGCCAUUCGCCAGGGGCUCGAAAACAAGCCCCUGGCGUUAGUGGACAUGUCCGGGAUGUGGCUUAUACCCCAGCACUGCCUGACUGGGCUAGGGGAGGCUUUCAAUGCAAUAGGGCAGAUAGAAUUCUACUACUCUCAGUUCCCAAAGAACAUGACUAGCAUUGGGGUGUCACUUUUCUCACUGGGGAUGGGUUUUGGGAACCUGUUGGCCAGUCUUAUUGUGGUGGCUGUGGAUCAUUGCUCUAAACAUGGAGGGAAGAUUAGCUGGGUGGAUGAUAACUUGAAUAAGGGCCACUAUGAUUACUACUAUUGGGUUCUUUGCUUCUUAUCAAUUGGGAAUUUCUUCUACUUUCUCCUUUGUAGCUGGGCUUUUGGAUCUAGUGAUGAUGGUAAGAUUUGGGAUGAUGAUGAUGAAAGUGAUAGUAACAAGGAAGGAGGUGUUCUUAUGCAUUAGCAGCAUCAAACAUUAUUCAUACUUUUUUUUGUACAAAUGUCA